AAACUGAAUAAUGAUCAGGAGAAGCCAGGGAAGAAGCUGUGCAGAGCAGAUGGAGCGAUAAAAAGCAACAUGGAUCAUAAGUUAAGCUCUAUGUCUGAAAUUGGGCAGACUGAUGAGAUGGAGAUCAAAAAGAAGAAAAAGGCUGUUAGGACUCUGAGCGUCACCAGCAUGCUGAAAAAGUUUCAAAAAGAAAGGAGAGAGAGAGACAGAAGAGAGCGAGGGACAAGGCAGCUGCAAAUCUGGGUGCAACAGUAACCCCUCUGUUUCCUGCAGAUGCAGGUGGGGGUGGAGGCAUGGGGCUAACUGACCCUCUUCUCAGUUUAAUUGGUUCAACCAAUGACCAAGCUCUGAUUCAAGCAGCCAGCACAGUAGAUUUUGAUAUUGAUCUGGACUCUCUGUUAGAAGUCAGUGAAGAGAUCUCAUCGCCUAAAUCACUUCCUCAACCAGCAUUAGAGAUGCAGCUGAUCCAAAGCAAAACGGAUGAUUCCGUGCAGCUCGACACCUUUUCUGAUCCCAAAACCCGAACUUCAACUUCAAAGAAUAAUUUUCUGGAGAAAUGUGAACCAGAGCAAACCCAGCUUGUGUCAGAUUCCAGUUCUACAUCACAGAGCGCCCCGCUGCCAGAGGGACUUCCUCCAGCACUGAAAGACAGCAUUAGAAACCUCACAGUGGCGGCCAAGAUAUCAGAGGGAGAGUCAAAACUCAAGUUCUUCAGUCCAGAUAUCAACUCAAUCCUGCUAGACAUUGAGUUACAGUGUCGGGAGCAGAGUGGGUCACUGCGCUCCAAGGUGUACAACACCUGUCGUCUUUCCUGCCCUGUAGCAGAGAUACGCUUCUCAAACGUGUAA